CACAUGAGCAGCUGUCAAAUAUAAAUGUUUAAAAAAUGUAAAUGUUGAAUAAGAAAUGUAUACAAUAUUAGGGACGAAGUGUUUCUUAAGUAUUGUUUCUGUAAUACAGGUCUAAAUGUUUAUAUAUGUCAAAGGUCUAAAAUGAAAUUUGUUUCUGUCCUCUUCGUGUUGUAAAUUUUAAACUUUUAUUUUGAAAUCAAAACCGGGUCCUAAAUAUGAAAUAGGCAACUUUUAAGGCUUAAUUCUCAUUCUUACAUGAGCAGCUGUCAAAACAGUGCGUCCUCUUUUCCAACUAAAUGCUGUAAACUAUACAUUAGGACAAAAUGUCAACGGCGAUGAACUUCGGAAGCAAGACGUUUCGACCGCGUCCACCUGACAAAGGAGCAUUUCCCUUAGAUCAUUUUGGUGAAUGUAAAUCAUUCAAAGACACAUAUAUGCGAUGCCUUAGAGACAACCAUUUCGACAACUCACAGUGUCGGAUACAGUCAAAGGAGUAUUUAGAGUGCAGAAUGAACAGGCAGUUGAUGGCAAAGGAACCACUUGAAAAACUGGGCUUUAAGGACUUGAUGGACGAACCGGAAGAAGAAAAUAAAACCAAAACCUAACUAAAUAUGACUUGGACUUAUGUUCACGUUUUGAAAUAAAGUAUUUUGUAUUCUUUCAA